AUGUGGCGGACGCCUGCCCGGCCGUCCCGGGGACACCGCGGGGGGCACCCUUGCCCGCUCCGGUUCCGGGACCAGUGGCGUGGGACCUCUCCCCUGCCGCCCCCCAUGCCCCCGGGACCCCCCCCCCCCGGACCCUGGGCGUGGCCCUUUGCCCGGUCCCGUCGGGACCAGUGGGGGGAACGCCUGCCCUCAACCGCCCGGACCCUCGGCGGGGCCUUUGCCCGUACGUCCCAGGACCAGUGUCGGGGACACCCAAACCUGCCCGCCCGUCCUGGGACCCGCGGCGGCUCCUUGCCGCCGUCCCGGGAACCAAGUAGGCACACGCCUGCCCGCCCGUCCGGGAACCGCGCGUGCCGUCCUCCCCCUGUCCCUGGGGAUCAGUGGCGACGCCUUCCCGCUUCAUCCCGGCGACCUUGCGGCGGGCCCUUGCCCGGCCCUUCCCGGGGACCAGUGGCAGACCCCUGCCCGCCCGUCCCGGCCCGGGACCUGCGGCGGGCCCUUGCCCGCCCUCAUCCCGGGACCAGUGGCGGACCACUGCCCGCCUGUCCCAGGACCCGCGGCGGGGGGGGCCCUUGCCCGCCCGUCCCGGGACCAGUGGUGGACCCCUGCCCGCCCGUACCCGUCCCGGGACCCGCAGCGUGCCCUUGCCCGCCCGUCCCGGGACCAGUGGCGGAUGCCUGCCCGCCCGUCCCGUGA